GUUAUAAUUCCCACCCCCUACUUUUCCGAUCAAACCAAUAAAUCGCUGAACUUCAGACGUUAAUCUGGAAGAACCAAUCGAGAAGAAAGAAAAUUACUACAUUGAGACAAGAGAAACGCAAUGACCACAGUCGCAGUAUCUGCACCCACUGAGCCCCAGAAAAAGAACAGAAUUCAGGUCUCCAACACCAAGAAACCACUCUUCUUCUACGUCAAUCUCGCCAAGAGGUACAUACAACAACACAAUGAGGUUGAGCUUUCUGCCUUGGGGAUGGCAAUUACUACUGUUGUCACAAUUGCUGAAAUUUUGAAGAAUAAUGGACUGGCUACCCAGAAGAAAGUUUGUACAUCUACGAUUGGGAUGAAAGAUGAGAACAAAGGUCGUCUGAUUCAAAAGGCCAAGAUUGAGAUUGUUCUGGGAAAGUCUGAGAAAUUUGACUCCCUGAUGACUGCUGCCACAACUGCACCAGAGGCAUCAUCAGCUGAGGAUCACAAGGAAUGACAACUUAGUCAUAGAGUCAUGACAACUCCCUUUGUUGUACUUUUGACAUGAUUCACUUUUAUAAUUCGCCUUGUAGAGAUAAAUAGCCAGAUAGAGAUACCUUCUUUAAAUGGUGCUUUCUUCUAGUAAGGAACUGUUACUAAGAGUUGAGAGGCAGCCACUUCAAUCAAGCAACUGGCUUUACAAGGCAGUUGCAGUUGUAUGCUUUUGUUUUUGACAAAUACCUUUCCAUCAAUAGAUCCAUUUAUCUUCUUA